UAAAGCGUACCGAUCCUGCUUCUCACUUUAUUGGUGACCCCGACUUUUGGUCGUUAUCCGGUGAGUUUUCGCUAACCUUUCUUUUCAGAUUUGGCCACAUUUUUUCGCUAACCCGUCUGAUUUUCACUUUUAAUUUUCCGGUUUAAUCUCGCUGGCUCGCUAUUUUGCUCGCUAUGGAAACUGAUCGCGUAGAUUCUGACGUUCAGAUCGGCACAGUUACGCUUCCUAUCGCACCUUUUCGCGAGACUAAUCCGAAGUCUUGGUUUGGUCAGCUAGAAUCGCAAUUUUCUUUGCGUGGUAUUAGGUCCGAAAAGACCAAGUUCCACCUUGUCGUUUCCGCGCUUCCGCUAAAUGUCAUCGAUGACAUUGAUGACAUUCUAGAUCUUCCUGACGACCAAAAGACUUAUGAUGCAGUCAAGACAGCUGUUCUGAGAAGAACAGGCUUAUCCGAUCUACAACGAGUUACGAAACUCCUCAACGAAACCGAUCUUGGCCAUCUCAAGCCGUCUCAGCUGCUUCGAAAAAUGCAGAGCCAGCCCAGCUAAACCCACUUCGAUAGAUGAUUCUUUUCUUCGAGACAUGUGGUUGCAACGACUUC